UUUGCCACUAGCCCUUGGCGCCGGGGAAUUCCCAUUUUCUUCGCUCUUUUGACUCAUUGUGGAGAAACCUCAAAUUGUAUCUCUUGUACCUGACGGUCGGUUUCUUACUCCAUCGAUGCAGCCGGAGGUUGCACUGCAUUUGCAAGACGAUGAGCUCCUCGACGUCCUCACCAAGACCGGCGAGAAGACUGGGGUCUCCAAGCCAAGGGGACUUGUGCACAGGGACGGAGAUUACCACCGGGCUGUUCACGUGUGGAUAUACGCGGAGAGCACGCAGGAGCUGCUCCUUCAGCGUCGCGCGGAUUGCAAGGACUCCUGGCCUGGACUGUGGGAUAUCUCCAGCGCCGGUCAUAUCUCUGCUGGUGACUCCUCACUCCUCACUGCCAGGAGGGAGCUCCAUGAAGAGCUGGGCAUAAGUCUUCCGAAUGAUGCUUUUGAAUUAAUAUUUGUCUUUCUUCAGGAGUGUGUAAUAAAUGAUGGAACAUUUAUUAACAAUGAAUAUAAUGAUGUGUAUCUCGUGACAACAUUGUCACCGAUCCCUGAGGAGGCAUUUAUUCUCCAGGAAACUGAAGUUUCUUCCGUCAAAUAUAUAUUUUGGGCUGAUUAUAAGAGUCUUCUAGCAAAUGGUGAUGAGGAAUAUGUUCCGUAUGAUGUAUCUGGGCAGUAUAGCCUUCUUUUUGAUGUCAUUGAGCAGAGGUACAAUAAUGACAUUGAAAGUCGUAGUCUAGACCUGCAGAAAAUGCUCAAUCGUUAUGCUUUUAUCCAUUUCGAUGCAGAGUUGAAUGGGCUUUCAAAUGCAGACAAGGAGGCCUUGAGUUUAAUAAUUAAGGCAUCAAUGGCCAUUGAGGAAAUAUUCUACGAACAGGUUUGGCAUGGUAAUUUGAUGCUUAGAGAUUGGUUGAAGGAGCAGGCCGUUGCUUCGGACUUUGACAAGUUAAAAUGGAUGUAUUAUUCCAUCAAUAAAAGCCCAUGGUCAUGCAUUGAUGACAACAAGGCAUUUUUUACUACAGCAGAUUCUGCUAUCAAAUUGCUUGAGAAGUCCACGAGACCUGCUCCUGGUUGGAAAGGCCUUGAAUAUAGAAUUGCAUUUCCUUUGACGAAGCCGCCAGGUGCUAAUUUUUAUCCGCCUGAUAUGGACAAAAUGGUAUGCAUCAUGAAAAGUAAAUUGCAAACUUCCUUAACAUAUUCUCAGGAGUAUGGUGAAUUCCUUACCAAAGCUGCUGAACUUCUUCAUAGAGCAGCAGAGAAAACUGAUAGUUCAAGCCUGAAGAAGUUGCUGAAAACUAAAGCAGAUGCUUUUUUGUCAAAUGACUAUUAUGAAUCUGAUGUUGCUUGGAUGGAAUUGGAUUCAAAAUUGGAUGUAACAAUUGGACCGUAUGAGACAUAUGAAGAUGGGAUUUUUGGAUAUAAGGCUACAUUUGAAGCGUUCAUUGGAAUACACGAUGAUGUUGCAACUUCUCAAGUUAAACUUUUUGGGGACCAUUUGCAGCUUUUGCAACAAAAUCUUCCACUGGAUGACAUCUAUAAAACAGGAGAUGUUGUUGCUGCUCCAAUCCGUGUAAUAAAGCUUAUCUACAAUGCCGGGGAUGUGAAAGGCCCUCAAACUGUAGCUUUUAAUUUACCAAAUGAUGAACGUAUUGUUAAUGAGCGUGGAACAGCAAUGGUCAUGCUCAAGAAUAUCUCUCAAGCCAAAUUUAAUCAUAUUCUCCAACCCAUUGCCAAUAUCUGUAUUAACAAGGAGCAGAAGGAAUACAUUGACUUUGAGUCUUUCUUUACUCACACAAUUUGCCAUGAGUGUUGUCAUGGUAUUGGACCUCAAACUAUUUAUCUUCCAAGCGGCCAAAAGUCAACUGUCAGAUUGGAACUUCAAGAACUUCAUUCUGCUUUGGAAGAAGCUAAAGCAGAUAUUGUUGGCCUCUGGGCUCUAAGAUUCCUAAUCACCCAGAAAUUGCUCCCAAGAUACCUAUUGAGAUCUAUGUAUGUUUCUUUCCUUGCGGGAUGCUUUCGAUCUGUACGCUUUGGAUUAGAAGAAGCUCAUGGAAAAGGACAGGCAUUGCAAUUUAACUGGUUAUAUGACAAAGAAGCAUUUAUUUUGCACUCAGAUGGUACUUUCUCAGUGGAUUUUGAAAAGGUUGAAGCAGCUGUUGAGGACCUCAGCAGGGAAAUCUUAACAAUUCAAGCCAGAGGUGAUAAGGCUAGUGCGAAAUCUCUUCUACAAGGAUAUGCAAAAAUGACACAACCAUUGUCUUCUGCAUUGGAAAAGCUGGAAAGAGUGCAGGUGCCUGUUGACAUUGCGCCCACUUUUGGUGAUCUGGAUCUUUUAUAAUGGCUAAAUAUUAAAGGCUCGAGUAUUAUAAUAGUUAAGUGACAAGAAAACUGUUUUUCUUAAUGGUGAGUCGAUCAUAUUCUCCAAACUGUUAUGGCUUUCCAAAUAAUCUAUUCUUCUAUAACAGAGGAAACAAAUAAUUCAUGUCUAUGAGAUUUGCCAAUUCACAAAAAAGUAUGUUUGUUGCAGGUGAAUUGGAAACAUUUGGGUUUUAAUGACAUUUUAUUUUGGUACCA